GAGGCCAGAGAGAGGAGCGUAGGAGGGUAGCGGCUCCUGCCUGCGCUUCCGAACACAAAUACAGCAGCAACUUGUAACAGGAUCGCAGCAGCGCGGGGAGGCAGAGCUUAAGCAUGAAGCAGCGCUGCGGAGAGCCAACCAGCCAGCCGCGUGGUGGGGAUGUGAACGGCAGAGAGGGAGGGAGCGGGGAGAGAGAGGAAAGAUGUAAUUGAGAGACGCUACAGCAUCAGCAGCAGUUGGCAGAGCGAAGAGAUCGAAACGCGCGGCGUUUCGUAUCAUCUCACAUCUAUACGUUUUUAACGGGAGAUGACAAGCACGGGCGCGCCGCCGCUAGCAACUGCAAGUCCAUCCUGAGCGUGUGAAAAUGAGCUAUAGCUGCGUUUGUAUAUAUUUUUAUACUGAGAUUUGUACGUCUUUUUUAAUUUGCAAAUCGGGAUAUUUUGAAUGACGGGGGCUAUGACAACAAUGGUUGCCGCAUUGCCAUCCUCAUUUCAAGGACUCGCAUCAUAGGAAAGUCCGCGGAGCACUGGCCUUUUUGGUUGGGGGCCGAGAAUAUAGAAGCUUAGUGAUUUGCCCUCUCGCUUUAAGGUUGCUAGCUAGUUAAACAGGGCGGCGCGACUGACACUUCUCUUUUUUUGCUUUUUUUACGGCACAUUCGCCAUUCAGCUUUUGUCUGGGAUAAAAUGAUGAACUCGAUACUUUUUGCUGAAGCUUCACCAGCUACUGGUGUCGCCGCUGUACCAGUUAGUGGCGCUUCUGCCACUGGUUCGGGCGCGGUGGUGACCAGCGCUCUGCGGAACGACCUGGGCUCCAACAUCCAUGUCCUGAAGACCCUGAAUCUGCGAUUCCGCUGUUUCCUCGCCAAAGUCCACGAACUGGAGCGACGAAACAAAUUGUUAGAAAAUCAGCUGCAACAAGCCUUGGAGGAGAACCGUUUCCGAGCCCUAUUUACCCGCGAGCAAGCGGUGCAGACUGACUCCACGGAACUACCGUUACCGGGGCCUUACCAUUCGCGCCUGCCGGGUACCAUCUGGAGUUUCACUCAUGUCAGGAGAUACGGGGAGCGGUUCGAGACUCUGCAGGGUCCUGGUGUUUCUUGGACACAUCCGGACGGGGUUGGGGUCCAAAUCGAUACCAUCACACCAGAAUUACGAGCGCUUUACAACGUGCUGGCCAAAGUCAAACGAGAAAGAGACGAAUACAAGAGAAAAUGGGAGGAGGAGCUCUCCAGACGGCAGCAGAUGGAGUCCAUGGUGGAGACCCUUCAGGAAAAUGCUCAGGAGUCCGAACUCAUCCAGGACGAGCUGAAUGACAAGGUGGAGCGACUGAAGGCAGAGCUCGUGGUUUUCAAGAGUCUGAUGACUGACCAAAUGUCCGACCUGGACAGCAAGAUCCAGGAGAAGGCCAUGAAGGUGGACAUGGACAUCUGCCGGCGGAUCGACAUCACGGCCAAGCUGUGCGACGUGGCGCAGCAGCGAAACUCCGAGGACAUGUCCAAGAUGUUCAACGUCAGCCCGUCCCGGGCCCCGCCGGAGCAGAACCGGGGGGCGGUGGCGUGCAGGAAGAAGGAGCGCAAGGCCGUGUCGGACGAGGAGAGCUCAGAGAUGGACGCGGACCCCAGCAACUCGGAGGAGGAGGUUCCGGGAUCACUGAACAUCACCGAUGAGAUGAAGCGAAUGCUCAACCAGCUAACAUGCUUAGAUAAUUCCUUUGUUGCCAGGCGAGAGACUUUUGACUUUGAUGACGACUGUGACAGCCUGACGUGGGAGGAGAACGAGGAGACCCUGCUGCUGUGGGAGGAUUUCACCAACUACAACACCCCCGCGGCCAUUCCCAUGCCCGCCUGCACCGGCGACUGCCAGGGGGAGGCGCUGGAGCCUGUGUCCCAGGAUGGAAGCUUAGGAAGUCUGAUCGAUGAGACAGAGUCGCUCUUCAAGUCCAGAGAACAGGAAUACCAGAAAACAAUCGGUCAGAUCGAGAUGGAGCUGGCCACAGCCAAGAGUGACAUGAACAGGCACCUGCAUGAGUACAUGGAGAUGUGCUCGAUGAAGAGGGGUCUGGAUGUGCAGAUGGAGACCUGCAGGAGACUCAUAAAGAGGUCAGGGGGAACGGGCAGAAACUCUCCGUCUUUCAGUUCGGUGGCCAGCAGCGACUCAGGGAACACUGACGAAAUUCAGGACGAGCUGGAGCGGGACGGCGACGGGGACGGCUCCAUCAGCUGAUGACCGCCACCCCCCAAUCCCCCCACCACGCCCACCCGACCCCCUCUGCCCACCCUCUCACCUUCUACCCUGAUCACCACCCCCAGACAGAGGGAGAGAGGGGGAUCCAGUGCCCCCCUGAAACCCGGUGACUCUGAGUUUGACUUCCACACACUGCGAGUAUUGGUGCUUAACGUUUCUGUUCCCACAGGAAUGGGGGAAUAACUCCUGCUUCACAAGCAUACGACGCAGUGUUACAGCUGUGCUCCGUUCAUCAGCACUGACCGGGCCCAACUCUCUGCUGCCCCCUGCUGGCCUCCACGGAGUGAUCUGCCUCACCAUCCUUGUAUUCAAACCAUAGUUAAUCCCCGUAUUUCCCUGGUUGUCUAACUAACCUGAGGGAAAGAGCAGGCAGAGAGUCACAACUGAACAUAUUCAGUCAUUCACAACAGAAACAGCAUGAGAGCACCAACAAAACCGGGUCCAAUUAAA